UCGGUGUUGUUGAUACAAGUCAUUUUACUGCAAUUGAUAUCAAUUAAUCAUCAUGAGCGACUCUACUAAACCAGCCAAAGACACUACUAAACCGGCCAAAGCCAAGUCUACUAAGCCUAAGGCUCCUCCUAGCCAUCCCAAAUACAGCGAGAUGGUUGCCAGCGCUAUCAAAUCCCUGAAUCAAAAAGGUGGUUCGUCUAAAGUUGCUAUCAAGAAGUACAUUACCGCCAAUUACAAAGUUGGAAACAAUACUCCCCGGAUCAACGGUAACAUCAAACUUACUCUGAGACAAGGUGUUCUGAAGCGCACUCUUACUCAAACUAAAGGUGUUGGUGCCAGCGGUUCUUUCAAACUCCGCAAGGCUGAAGCCAAAGCUGACAAGAAACAGAAGAAGGUAAAGAAGCCCGCCAAGGUCAGCAAAAAGCCUGCUAAGACCAAAGCGGCGAAACCUAAGAAAGCAGCAUCAAAGUCUGCCAAACCCGCUAAAGCCAGGGUAGUCAAGCCCAAAAAGGCUGGCGCCAAGAAGCCAGUGAAGAAGGUAGCGAAGAAGCAGAAACCCGUCAAGAAACCAACUACAAAGAAAGCUUCCAAAAAGUAAAUUAUUUUUGAAAAGCUUUUAAAGGGCCCUUUUUAGGGCCAUCAACAAGUUCUGAUCGUAUAUGAAUCGACUUCAAUACGCGAUUUUGUGUGAGUUCGUUUUUUAGAUCAAUCGUUAAAUAUAACGGUUUCCUGAAGAAAUGGCGGCAAGGGCCUUUAAAACUUUUCGUUGGUUAUCCCUAAGGUU